CGCCUUAACAUAAAAGGUAGUUAACCCGUCGACGGUUGAACAGCCGUGCUGCGCUGCCGACACACACUCUUGGACCUAACUCUUUUAAAAACAAACGUGCGAAGUGCAGUGAAAAAAAAAAUUGCGAAAAAAAAUGGCGGUUGAUAACGAGGACAAGACCCUAGGCGCGCAGUCGGCAGUGGCGGAGUACUUCGCGGGCAAGUCUGUGCUGGUGACCGGCGCCACCGGCUUCGUGGGCAAGGUGCUGCUGGAGAAGCUGCUGAGGUGCUGUCCUGGAGUCGAAACGAUAUAUUUGCUGAUGCGAAAAAAACGAGGCGUCAGUCCCGACGAACGAAUCAAAACAUUUCUACAAAAUCCGCUAUUCGACACGAUCCGCCAAUUAAACCCUCACACCCUGGACAAAGUGCGUCUAAUCCCUGGAGAUAUCCUGCUGGAGGAGUUAGGCCUCUCUAAUGAAGACCGCGUGGAGCUGCAGAACAAGUGCCAUGUGGUGUUCCAUAGCGCUGCGUGUGUUAGAUUCGACCAGAAAUUAAAAGACGCUGUUGAUCUAAAUACACGGGGAUCCUUCAAAAUUCUACAGCUCGCUGAAAGUAUGAAGAAUCUACAGGCUCUAGUCCACCUCUCAACAGCGUACUGCCGCUGCGAGCUGCCCUGUCUGGAGGAGCGAGUGUACCCCGCGCUGCACCCCCCGGCCAAGAUCAUGGACAUGGUGCGGUGGCUGGAUGACCAGACCCUGGACUAUUUGGAGCCUAAGAUAAUCGGCACAGAACCAAACACGUAUUCAUACACGAAGGCGCUAACAGAAUCUUUAGUCGCUGAGUUCGGAAGCAAAAUCCCGAUUGCGAUUGCGAGGCCAUCUAUUAUCACAGCAAUAUGGAAGGAGCCCAUACCAGGUUGGGUGGAUAAUUUAAAUGGACCUACGGGACUACUCAUGGGCGCUGGUAAAGGAGUGAUCCGAUCGAUGCACUGCGAGCCGAGCUACCAGUGCGACGCCAUGCCGGUAGAUGUCGUGGCUAACGGCUGUAUUCUUGUUGCAUAUGCUACUGCCAUGGAUAGGCCCAAAGAAGUUCAAGUUUACAACAUCACACUGUCAGGAGUCAUCAGACAAACAUGGGGUGAAAUUAUUGAAAAAGGCCGCGAGAUGGUGAACAAGUACCCGCUGACCGUGGCGCUCUGGUACACGGGGGGCUCCAUCAAGUCCUACAAGUGGUCGCACCAGCUGUCGGUGGUGUUCACGCACUACCUGCCCGCCUACCUCGUCGACGGGCUGCUGCUGGUCAUGGGGAAGAAAACUUUCUUGGUGAAGGUACAAGACCGCAUAAGCCACGGCAUAAAGAUCCUCCAACACUACACGCAAAAGGAAUGGCAUUUCACCAACGACAAAUUCCUAGCACUCCAAAACAGAAUAUCUGAGUUCGACCGAAGCAUAUUCUACAUCGAUGUGAAACCUGUCAACAUGAAUGCUUACAUGAGGAAUUAUGUGCUGGGCGUGCGGCAAUACUGCUGUAAAGAGGACCCAUCGACGCUUUCGAAGGCUAGGAAGAUUCAUAAAGUGCGCUACCUAGCCGACGUUGCAGUCAAGGUGUUCUUCUACGCCAUGCUGCUCUGGCUGCUUGUGACUUACUCUUACAUCUUCACAUCAGCCCUGGAGACGCUGGAGACUGGGCUCACGAGCCUGUCACCGUUCCGGAGUGUGAAAGCUUAUGAGAUCGAAGAGCUAGCAGCUUAGGGACUUACCACAAAAACUUAGGCAGUAUGUAACAUAUAUUUGACGCUGUCAAACGCCUACACAAUCUGUCAAAUUUCGUUUUAAACGCUUGUUAAACAGACUAAAGUUUUUUUGGUAGUACAGUUAUGUUUAAGGAGAAUUCGUUUUGUAUUUGUAUUCAGCAGCCGUAGGACAGUAACAUCGUCUAAUAACAAUCGCUUCAUAGGCGGCAUAUUGAAGUUCUAUCACAAUGCAAGCCCAAUUGGGUAUAGAAUAUAAUAGUGGAAAUAUGCUUUUACAGAUAGUAUACAUAAAACAUGAGAAACUUUUUUUGGAAAGCAUGUAACUGCUAUCCGGAUGUCUCUUUAAUUGUAAGAUAAGUAGGUAGGUAGGUUCUAGGUAACUAAUAAAUAAUAAUGCAUCGGUCAGAAGUGG